CAGGAUAAUAACGAAAUUUACGGCCUUAUAAGUUUCUAUCCCGCCGCGAAAGCUUUUAGAAAUAGUAUUGGCGCUGUAAGCCUCGACUUUAUUCGCAAGCAUGCGGAGGCUGUUAUGCACGCAUCUCUAAUUAGUUACGUUAAAGACGCCCAGCUACGUAGAAGUCUCUUUAACACUAGAGAGACAUAUAGGGUCGUCUCUUUAGUAUACGCAAAGUUCUUCGUUAAUUACACUAAACUACUCAAAGCACUUGCUUAA